GCCCUACCAGGCGCCUUUGAUUACACGGGGGCUGUAUCCGAAGACGAAGAGGAUCCUGCUGAUGUCCACCAGCAGUCUUUUUUAUCUGACCGCUCCGCGGGUUCUGCGUUCCAAGCCCCAGUCCUUGACGAGGAUGAGGAGAUGAACGCUGAACAUGCUCUGCCUGAGGACCAAGCUGCGAGCGCUUACCUCGGGUAUCAUCACGCCGCGGAGCCAGAAUUCGACUCGCCCUACCAUGGUGGAUCGAUGGCUGAGUACCAAGAGACACCUGGCGGGAUUAUGAGAGCCCGGCUGCAGGCCAUCAAGGGAGCGAACACCCCUUUGAAGAUCCAGGUUGCCGAUGGUGAUGACUGGGCCGACAUGCUGCAGAAGACGAUCAACCCGCAGAAGCGGGAUCGGGCUGCGCUGAAGUCCAUCAAUGAGGAGGCAACUUACGAGGCCCUCAAGGAGAGCAUACGAAAGGAGGACUCGUCUCCUGCGAAGCCAAAGAUCGUGUCGGAUGGUCGUGGUUUUGCGACGAGCAUUGAGCUCAUGAAUUCGUUGUUUGAGAAGCCGAAGACUAUGGCUCGGUCUGCUGCGCCAGCCCCAAUUCCGACUUCUGGGUUCAAGGUUGGUACUCUACCUGUCUGUUGAAUCGCACACGGCAGGGGGAUGGGCGAGUGUCGUGUGUUUUUCAUGUCAUUGUAUUUAUACACGUUGCAUUUUCUCCAAUAAAUUGAGCUCGUACUAAG